CAAAUGCUCAUAGCAAUCUUUUUGUCUGUCGAUUGAUCAUAUUGCUCCUUUUUUGGUGUGAAGAGGAUAUGGCAGAAGAACUUAACAGCUCUUUAGAGUAUACAUCAACAUGGGUUGUUGCAGUUGUUUGCUUUGUCAUUGUUCUACUAUCUCUUUGUGCGGAGCGUGCUCUUCAUAAACUCGGAAAGUACUUGAAGCAUGAGAAACAAGACGCCCUAUUUGAAGCACUACAGAAACUAAAAGAAGAAUUGAUGCUUUUAGGGUUCAUUUCCCUUCUACUAACUGUAUUUCAAGGUUCCAUAAGCCACAUAUGCAUCCCCUCUUAUCUCGCAUCUCACAUGCUUCCAUGCAAGCGGGAAACUUCUGAGGGAAACAACCAUGAACAUUACUCUCUUAAUCCAUCUCUAAACAAUCGGCGGCAGCUUUUGUCUGCAGAAACAAAUUCAGAUCAUUGUCUGAAGAAGGGGAAGGUUCCGUUGUUAUCAUUGGAAGCACUACAUCAUCUACACAUCUUCAUCUUUGUAUUGGCAGUUGUUCAUGUGAUCUUUUGUGUCACAACUAUGGUUCUUGGAGGGGCAAGAAUACGCCAAUGGAAGCACUGGGAGGAUUCUGUCAGGAAAGGUGCAGAUCCAACUAGUCGUAAAAGAGUUCGUGCACAUCAUCAUGAGUUCUUGAAAACACGCGGAGUUGGAUAUUGGAGAAAAGCGGCUGUAAUAGGUUGGGUGACGUCAUUCUUCAAACAAUUUUACGGCUCUGUCACUAAGUCGGACUACAUUGCACUGCGACAAGGGUUCAUCAAGGAGCACUGCCCUGGGAAUCCUGAUUUUGAUUUUCACACAUACAUGAUGCGGACACUUGAAAUUGACUUCAGAAAAAUUGUUGGGAUAAGCUGGUACCUAUGGCUGUUUGUUGUGCUGUUUUUGUUGCUGAAUGUGGAAGGAUGGCAUACGUACUUUUGGUUAGCGUUUUUGCCGCUGAUUCUUCUGCUUCUUGUGGGCUCAAAGCUGGAGCACAUAAUUACCACUUUGGCUCAGGAGGUGACAGAAGGGACAACACAGGUUGAUCAAGAAGCAAGAGUGAAGCCUUCAGAUGAACACUUUUGGUUUAACAACCCUCGCAUUGUCCUGAUUUUGAUCCACUUCAUAUUGUUUCAGAAUUCAUUUGAGAUUGCUUUCUUCUUCUGGAUUUGGAGCACGUAUGGAAUUCAUUCAUGCAUUAUGGAGAAGUUGGGUUACAUCAUACCAAGACUUAUUAUGGGUGUGAUUGUUCAAGUGCUUUGCAGUUACAGCACCCUACCGUUGUAUGUUAUCGUCACCCAGAUGGGUACCAUGUUCAAGGAAGGAAUGUUUAAUAAAAUGGUACAAAAAUGGAUUGGUAUGUGGGCUGGAGAUAUAAGGAGUCAACAUGAGAAAAUAGACGGCGAUGGAUCUGUCUCAGAGAGGACAGAGAUGCGCAAAAUGGUGAACAUAGAAUUAUCUCAAAUUGUUGAUAUUACACAACAAGAAACAGUUGCCACCCAAGAAACGGUCCCUCAUUUCCAACCGCCAUUUUCAUCGUCUCAAGCUCAACUUUCCUCGUGAUUAUCUAUUUUAUUCAUUUAAUUUCAUGUAAUGUAAUGUAAGCCUAUACUUAAAUUAAUUAUGUGCCCAGCCCAAAUAACAUAUUUCAUUGUCAUUCAAUUGUCUGCGCUCAUUCGUCCGAAAUAAACCAUGAAACUAAGCUUGCUUUGCUUACAUCAAAAUACUGCA